AUGACAAUUGUUAUGGAGGUGGUUCUGGUCUGCUUCCUGCUUUCCACGUUGCAGUGUCUUCCGUACAAACUGGAAAUGGCCAUGCUUGCCAUUUUUUCCACAAUUUGUCUCUACGGGGCCCUGGCAUCGUUGAUUAAUUGCAUCAUAUUGCACCCGCUUUUACCACUUGGAGUAGGAGCGGCGUACGAUCGAGUAGGAACCAAAGACAGCAUCAUGAUCCGAGUCCCAGACCACACUAUGACAGUACAUCUCUGUGACAUGACCGGCCCCCUGGCCAUCACCUCGGCCAAUCCCAGCGGAGAAGCGGACAGCACACACCACAGCAUGGUCAUCAGUCGACUGGGACACAAGCUACAGGGCGUCCUGAGUGAUGGAGAGUCCAAUCAAGUAGUCGCCUCCACUAUUGUCAACUGCCUGAAGAUAGAUGAAGGAUCCAUCUGUAUUGUGCGAGAGGGCUGUGUCCCUGCAGUUCAGGUCCUCCAGAUCUUUGAACGAGUCAAAGCAAACAUGUUGUGA